AAACACCUGCAUGAAAGGUUGCCUCCUCCAAGAAUCCAGGAUGGGAACGCCAAAGGUGGGCAGUAGCAAUGUCACACAUGACCAUACAAAGCGAAUCGACUGUUACGUUCAUGAAAUAAAAAUGGGAAGUUAGAUGUCUUAUGAACUCCCUCUGCAGUCAUAUUCUGUCGUUUGACAACGAUACAAAGGUGUCGAAACAGUAUUAUUAUAAUUGUAAUUGUAGGCAGCGAGGUGUUUUCAAUAAACUAACUCGUUAGCAUGACACUAAAUCCUUGCUGUUUUUUGUUACAGUAACAGAUCAAAACCAUUUGAACUUUGUGAAUGUUUUUGAAAUUUGUUGCGAUGACGAUCAAAUCUUGUGGUGAAUAGAAUGUCAGUGAUUUGUGUAUGCUAGGCCAGGUGCGGACACGAUGACAUUGGUCAAUGGAGUGCGGAUACUAUGGCUUUCAAAAGCUUUUUCUUCUGGCAACAGACUGACAUUACUGCAGGCGAGACUAAUGUCUCAAAAAGCGGCAGUCACUCAUUGUAUAUUCGAUUUUGAUGGUCUUCUUGUCGACACUGAGAAGUGCUAUACAAUCGCUAAUCGAACAAUGUUGCGCAAAUUCGGACGUGAGUUUACGCCCGAGCUCAAUGAACUGAUUAUGGGCAGAAAAGAAGACGAUGCCUUUCCUUUGUUGUUCAAAGCGGUUGGCAUAGAAGGUAAAAUUACUCUUGAAGAGUAUAUCGCGCAAUAUGACAUCCUUUUGUACGAUAUGUUUCCAAAAUGCCAGGCGAUGCCCGGAGCAGAGAAGCUGGUGCGACAUCUUUCCAAAAAAGAAAUACCAAUGGCUAUAUGCUCGGGAUCCAGGGAAGUGACUUUUGGACCACGCGAAAAACCUCACAAGGAUUGGUUGGAUCUCAUAAAGUUGAAGUUCUUCUGCGGUGACGAACCAUCAGUCAAACGAGGAAAGCCAUAUCCUGACCCAUACAUAGCCACAAUGAACAGAUUCUCCGAAAAACCAUCCGACUCCUCUAAAGUACUAGUCUUCGAAGAUGCUCCAAAUGGUGGUCGAGCAGCUAAAGCGGCUGGUAUGAAGUGCGUGAUGGUUCCUGACGUGAAAUUCCGCAAGGAAGCUCUGAGUAUAGGAGUUACGCAGGUUUUGAACAGCCUAGAAGACUUUCGUCCCGAGGAUUUUGGACUGCCCCCUUUUGAUUGAUGUUAAGCAGUCAGUAUAUUAACUACAUAAAUAGGUCUUUGUUGGGAGAUAAUGUAACCUCGAGUCAUUUGUAACUUGAUAUGUGAGGCUGCACACUAAGCCCUUUUAGCGAUGGCACCCUUUCUGGUAACUUUUUAGUGAAACAUUUUCUAGCCUAACAAAGUGUAGAAAUGUGCUCUAUUGACUACAUAUAAUCAACAAAAAAGAG